CUCGGAAGUUGAAACUGUUUGGGACUCACUGGGAGACUGUUGCAGCAAUGCAUCGACCGACGACAAAACACCGUCUCUAUUGCAACCACGCCACCUCUCGUGCUGUUGUGUGAGCUGGCUUGUGCUUCGCUGACCAGUUCGCCAAAUCUAGAGCACCUCCAACGAAGAAUUCUCGCUUACCUGUAUUGAGGCAGAUGGCAGGAUCCUCGGCAGACACUUCCCGAAGGCGCAAAUUCCACAGAAAAUCGCGCCUUGGCUGCAGUAACUGCAAGCUGCGGAGAGUGAAGUGUGAUGAGACUAAACCGGAAUGCAAAAAUUGCCGUUCCUACGGAGUCUUGUGCAGUUACCGCUCGAAUGCAGGUGACCUCCAUGUCCCCCGCGAGGUCAUCACGAGUGCGUCUGCCGCCAGCAGCGACACAACAGACUCCUUGGAGCUGGAUGGCCAGUGCGUCAUGUCUUUGAUGCGGCUUGGGACCCAGACUGCCGUGUCCAUUUUAGACCUUGACCAGAGGGACGUAUUACAACAGGCCCUUUCGACUCCGUAUCUCAUGCAUGCCAUCCUGGCCGUCAGCGCCAUCCACGACCGCUACCGGGGUAACAUCCCUAUUGCUGGUCCCACUCGGCGCGAGGCCUACCACUCAUCCCAGGGCGCGAGCCUGUUCAACAGAAAGCUGUCCGGGCCGAUCCCUCCCCAAGACCGAGACACACUCUGGAUGGCUGCUACCUACCUGGGGAUUGUGGCUUUCUGCUCUAAUAUUCCAGAAACACCAGAGGAGUGCUGGCCUCUGAAACCCGACCCUUCGCACCUGGACUGGCUGCGUAUGACCGAAGCCAAAAUGGCCAUCUGGGAGCUUGCCAAUCCUCUGCAGCCUGGAAGCCUGUUCCGGAGCAUGGCAGACGAGUUUAACGAGAUGUACACGCCGCUGCCAACAGCACCUAUCGAAGGGGCCCCGCCGGCGCUGCUACACCUCUGCCACAUCACUUCUUGUUCUUCCGCAACCAACAACCCGUACUACACCGCGGUGCGACUGCUUGCCCCCCUUUUCAACAACAUGAAGCCUGGAACAUUGGCGAGGUCCAAAAUUCUCAGUUUCACGAGUCAAAUGCAGAAGAGCUUCAGGGCUUUGCUCUAUGAACGAGAUCCUGUCGCCUUACUGCUCCUGGCCCUAUGGUACGAGAAGAGUCGCCCACAUGUCUGGUGGCUGCGGCAUCGCUCUACCAUCGAGUACCAAGCAAUCACUUUAUACCUCAGGCGAUGUCAAAGUGAAAACGGGGCUAUUAUGGGUCUGCUUUCUGAAAUCGUCCAGGGAUCUCCCCGUUAGCCGUGCAGCUUUGGGACUGACUCCCUAUAAGACAGAAUACAAAGUCCCUUCGCGUCCUAACCUCCCCUCUCUCACAUCUUUGAGUCAACGGUGGGGCCGAAUACCACAUCACCAGGUGUUCGACAGUCUCCCGCCCCUCUCCACAGGUCUUGUCUUGGAACAGGGUCUCCUGCUGAUAGUCGAGGUCGU